AUGGUCUUUGAACACGAGUCCGUAUUUAGUUACAAUAUUACCAGAGCGUACCCUUUUAGAUGGUUCACCCCGGUCGUGCUAGUUGGCUUCCUAGUGACUACCGUCCUCUUUUCCUUCCUCAAUUUCGCCUCCAAUGGAUACGACUUGAUUGUGGAGACCUCCUCCAACCCCAACCAAACCAUCUCGGAAGGAAUCUGGUUCAAAAACUGGCCAUCCUACCUCACCAGCAAGGCCAAACCAAGCUGUCAGCCGGCGGAUAUACAUGUCAACACUCUGCUUUUCACAAAUCAGACCGCCUUGACAUACACCCUGACGGAUGUCUGGCGGGUCUCAGCAGGCGGGGGCAACAGAACUGUCUUACCUUCACUCACGUACUACAAUAACCGCAUCGAGAAUUGCGCCGUGAGUUCAGUUGAAGUGGACCUCGAGGCACUAGACAGGGCAGCCAACCAGCUUGCGUACGCAGAAUGGGGAGCUGUAGUCCGCGCCUACAUCUCCUGCACUAUCGAGGGUGCAGAAGGGCAGACGCGCUUCAACCUUACCACAACGUACGACUAUGUGCCCCAGUCCGCGUCUCUCUCCGGCCUCUACCAGUUCCUCGCAACCAACUUUCUGGACCGUGACAAGCAGAAGAAAUCAAGUCUUUACUGGGGCGAAUCCUUGAUGUCUAUGUAUUGGGCAUACAUGACGAAAACUAUGCAAGACAUCCGACAAAAUGCAACCGACAACAACGAAGCCGGUAUAAGAAAGGGAACCAUUUCCUUCACCCCAAACAACAGUUCUACGUCCGAUAUCACUCGCCUCGACUACUUCAAAGUCGACUACCGCUUCAUGAUCGACGACGGCCUCGGCGACUUCAGCAUUCUCUGGCCAGGUCUCUACAACUGGACAAACAGCGUCGCGUAUCUCGACCGCAUCAGCGCGAAACCCAAUAUCUGGAUCCAAGCGGACAGUCUGGCCAAAUCAGCCUAUUCAACGAUCUUGACGGACCUCGGUCAGAUAUCGUCCACGCCGAACAUCUUAACUGAUGACGAUACCUUGCAAUACUUCACAUCAAACUUCUCCAUCGCAAUGGUGAACAAGGCGAACGCGGAGCCAGGGCCUGCUACGCAGGACUUCGAUACUUUGAAAGCGACUACUGGGCCUUUAGGGGUGACUCCUAGUGUCAUCAGCACGAACUACAUCUGCCAGAUCCCAAAGUUGAAGUCGGGCGGAAAUCUCUUUGUGUCAGUGCUGGUUGCGGACCUUGUUUUCCUACAGGCGCUCUGGAAGAUCUUCACGUUGGUUACAGACUGGCUCUUGUUCCGGAAACACCCCAACGCAAACCAAUGCCACGGAUGUGCGGAGAACUCAAGCAGACACGGGCCCCUAACGUCAUCUCUUGGAAAAAAUUCGCGUGUUCAUGUAGAUUCAAUACACGUCAGAAAUGCUCAGAGAUGUUUUGUGGUACUCUUGUGA